GAUCUCCCAUCCCUACAGUAUUCUACAAGUCCAUGAUACAGCCCUAAUGCAAAUACGAUUUCUUUAAUGUAAACAUAUUUGCUAUAUAAAACGUAUAAAACGUACGAAACGCAAUAGUUAAAAAUGGAAAAUGACAAUCCUGUCAUAUAUGGACUCGAAUUCCAAACUAGAGCAUUGUCUGCUCAAACGGCUGAGACCGAUGUUGUAAGAUUUCUGAUUGGAACACAAUCUUUAAAUUUUAAUAAUAAUCAGAUUCACUUGGUAGAACUUAACGAAGAAACAGGAAAUUUAAAAACUCAAGUAUUUCAGCAUUCGUUGGGAGAAAUUUGGUCCUUACAAGCCUCUCCAACUGAACCUGAUAUAUUUAUUACAUGUUAUAAUCAUUUGAGUGAGGAAGGCAUAUGCCAAAUGAAAGGAGCUAUAUGGAAAUUUCCUGAGAUAAAAGAAUAUACGAAUGACAUUUUACAACUUGAUAAAUUGGCAGAUAUUGAUACUGCACCAUAUGGUACCGAUCUUAAAACUAUCGCCUAUCAUCCUACAGACUGUAAAAAGAUUGUUUCUGUAGUAGAUAAUAAUUUUGUUUUAUGGGAUUUAGCAAAUAAGGAGCCACAGGUAGUAGUAUCUGGUACUUUGGCAAGCAAAGGUCAACCACGAUUUACGAAUGGUAAAUGGAAUCCUCAUAAUGGUGCGAAUCAGUUUGUAACUUUGAAUGAAAAUAACGUUCGUGGAUGGGAUUUUAGAAGCCCUACCGAUGCUGCUUGGUCUAUUUUAUCUGCACAUUCACAGAUCAUUAGAGAUUUGGAUUUUAAUGCAAAUCGUCAGUAUUUCUUAUCCACCUGUGGCGAUGAUGGAUAUAUGAAAUUUUGGGAUAUUCGAUUACCGACAGAACCGAUAUUAUCUCGUAUGGAACACUCGCAUUGGGUGUGGAACAUAAGAAUUAAUCGUUUCCACGAUCAGCUCGUUUUAACAUCCAGCAGUGACUCUAGAGUGAUAUUAUAUAGUAUUGCGUCUAUCUCGUCUGAACCAUUUGGACACAUGGUGUCGACUGAAGAUGAAUUUGCUUUUCAAAAUGACGAAUCUUGUGGGAAGAAAAAAUUAGAAGAUGGUCUUGUAGGAAGAUACGAAGAACAUGAAGAUAGCGUGUAUGCAGUGGAAUGGUCAUCUGCCGAUCCCUGGACAUUUGCAUCUCUUAGUUAUGAUGGUAGAUUAGUUCUUAACAAAGUACCACGUAAAUAUAAAUAUCAAAUACUUUUAUAAAUCUAUUAUAAAUUAUUAAGAUUAAAUUAUUUGCCAAGAUGAAAAAGACGAUAUAUAUACAUAUACAUGUAAAAUAUUUUGUAACUUUUUCUCCUCUCCAUAUUCAAUUCAGCCUUUCAUUGUAAAUUACUUUCUUCUUCUUCUUAUAGUUACAAUUAUACCGAAUCGUUCAUAUAAUAUGGCUUGUAAAUGCAGACAAUGUGCAAUAGGGAACUGUUGUUAAAAAGAACACAUUUAUUGUCAACACAUUCUUGAUAAAAAAAAAA